AUGUUAGCAUAUGGUAGUGCUGCGGAUGCAGUGGACGAAUACCUGCGCCUCGGUGAAAGUACAACAAUUUCAUGCUUGGAACAUUUCACGGAAGGAAUCAUAUCAUCUUUCGGGGAUGAGUAUUUAAGACGACCCACUAGAGAAGAUCUUCAACGCUUGCUUAAUGAAGGAGAGGAUCGUGGAUUCCCCGGGAUGAUUGGAAGCAUCGGUUGUAUGCUCUGGGAGUGGAAAAAUUGUCCAACAGCCUGGAAAGGCCAAUAUACACGGGGUUCAGGAAAACCAACAAUUGUCUUGGAGGCUGUAGCAUCAUACGAUCUUUGGUUUUGGCAUGCCUUUUUUGGACCUCCAGGUACUUUAAACGAUAUAAACGUUCUCGAUCGCUCACCUAUUUUUGAUGAUGUAUUACAAGGUCGAGCUCUAAAAGUCAGGUUCUCUGUCAACGGAAAUCAGUACCGACUUGGAUAUUACCUCACCGACGGUAUUUACCCAAAUUGGGCAACGUUUAUACAAUCUAUCCACCUUCCACAAAGUGAGAAAGAAAAGUUAUUUGCUACACGACAAGAAUUUGUUCGGAAAGAUGUUGAAAGAGCUUUCGGAGUCUUGCAAGCAAGAUUUGCUAUUGUCAAAAACUCUGCUCUUAUUUGGGAUAAGGAAAAAAUAGGCAAGAUUAUGAGAACGUGUAUCAUCUUACACAACAUGAUAGUAGAAGACGAAAGAGAAUCCGACACCCAAUAUGAUCUAUCAGAGUUUGAACAAAGAGAAGGAACGAGAUUUUCACAAGUCGAUAUGACGUAUUCGACCUAUAUGCCCACAAAUAUUGGCAAUAUGAUCGGGAUUCGCAAUCAAGUUCGUGAUAACGAUAUUCAUCAGCAAUUAAAAAAUGAUCUAGUUGAACAUAUAUGGCAUAAAUUUGGUUAA